AUGAGAAAGCUGCAUGAAGAAAAAGAUAAGCUACAGUCAAGUUACAAUGAUGUAGUAAACAAAAUGCGAAUGUUGCAGCAUGAAAACGAAAAGCUCGAAUCGAUACGUCAAAACCUGCAGGAAAAAAAAGAAAAUCUAGAAUCAAGUUAUGACGACGUAGUAAACCAAAUUCAAAUGCUACUGGCGGAAAAAGAAAAGCUAGAAUCGAUGUGUCAAAAGCUACAAGCGGAAAAAGAAAAGCUAGAAUCGAUGUGUCAAAAGCUGCAGGGAGAAAAUGAUAAGCUAGAAUCAAAUAACGCAGACAUACUAAACCAAAUUCAAAAGCUGCGGGGCGAAAAAGAAUUGCUAGAAUCGAUAUUUCAAAAGCUGCAGGGAGAAAAAGAAAUGUUAGAAUCGAUAUGGCAAAAGCUGCAGGGAGCAAAUGAAAAGCUACAAUCCAACUACGACGAAAUAUUAAACAAAUUGGAAAAGCUGCAGGAAGAAAAAGAGAAUCUUGAGUCAAAGUACAACGACAUAGUAAACAAAUACCAAGUACUGCAGAAAGAAAUGAAAAAAAGAGAAUCGGCACACUUGGGCGAGAUGGAGAUAAAGACAGACGAGCUAAACGAUUUAAAGUUCAAAUUAGGGAAAAAAACGCAUCGCUUAAAUUGCACCCAAACGGCAUUGUACCAGCUCGAAAAUGGUCCCCGCCGCCGCCCUAGGAACGUGCAGAUGGCCAAUAAGGGCGGUAAGUGA